CGACAUCACCUCACCUUACUCUACAAGGGUCCAUUCUGGUCCGCAGGUCACCUGGAUCUGUCACCUCCGUGCCUCAAGAGUCAACACCGUCCCUCACCUCCACGAUCACAACCAAAAUCAUCGUGAUGUCCGUCCUGCCCACUCACAACCCUCCUGUCGCGUCCUCAUCAUCCAGCGCAGCAUCCGCUGUACUGACCCUAACCAUCCGCUUCACGACCGGCGACGGCGACUUGAUCCUCCCCCUCCCGGCCCCACAGUCGAGCACAACCCACACAAUAAAGCAGCACAUCCGGCAAUCACGACCGACGCUCUCGAGCCGCAAGCUCCGCCUAAUCCACGCCGGCAAAGUUCUCCCCGAUGGUCCAGCGCUGUCCACGCUCCUCCCCCAUAACAACCCCAGCAUCUUCAUCCACUGCUCUGUUGGCGAACCUCUAUCACCCGAUGAGCUGGCAACCGAAGAGUCUCCUCUGAUCCCUCCUGAGGGGCUGGGGGCAGAAGCGUCCUACACUCAACAGCAGCAGCAACAGCAGCAGCAGCAAUCUACACUUCCCGCGCAGCUCGGCUUCGACCGUCUGUUGACGCAGGGGUUUAGUGAAGGCGAGGUCGCUGCGCUGCGGGCGCAGUUCGCAAGGUUGAACCCAGAUGUGGAUGUUAACGGUGCCGAGGAUGUCAGAGCGCUUGAGGAUCGGUGGAUCGAUGAGAGCGUGGGGCAGGGACAGGAGGUGGUAGGGGGAGCAGGAGGCGGCGCCGGGACGUACGAGGAUAUGCUUCUCGGCACGGCUAUUGGGUUCUUUUGGCCCGCUACGAUUUGGUUGGCUAGGGAAGAGGGUGUGUUUACGCAGAGAAGGAGGUAUGCUGUCUUUGCAGGGCUGUGUGUUAAUCUGUUCUUUGGAGUAGUGAGAGUAUUUGGAUAGGGAGGAUUGAUAUAUUGGCGUACGGAGUUGUGCUUUGUUAGAUUUUACAAUGAUAUCCUUUGAGAGCGUACAGGAUGAAACGAUAGGUAUGGGAAAUUAUGGACAGCCAAUUGUCGGAUAUCGACGUAGUAUACUAGACCGUAUCCUCACUUCAAGGCCGUACACGUCCGCCGUGCUAGAAACUAUUGACAGUCUAUAAUGACAUCACCCCCUGAUCCGAUCCAUCCGUCCCGCUGCGACAAAACCGCCGAUUGACUACCUCCCAUCGCACAAAAAGAAAUCGGGCAACGAGGUUGAGCAUUUACAAAGCGUCGGUCAACAUCUUAUUGAGUUUGGCGACCUUGGAGGAGAUGGACAGAUCGAUGGUCCGGUCACCAACCUCGACAACAAGGCCUCCGAUGAUGGAGGGAUCAACCUGAGGUUUGGUUAAUCCGAGUUUCUUAAAGGAUGACUGCAGAGUGA